UCGAAUUUUUGUUGAUUUUUUUAUAAUUUUACAAUUUAUAACUUUUCAAUUUGACCAUUUUUGUAAAAAAAUUUUUACAAUUACAAAUCAUGUUUGGCUAUGGAUUUUCUAAUCGAGAUUUUCGACCACAAGAUUAUGGAAUAGUAUUUUUUCUAUCAUUUCUCGGUGCAUUUAUUUUAGUAUUUAUCACUAGUUUUAUGUUUGGUAUGAGAGAUUUUAGAAUAUUUUUCAAAUGUAUAUUAAAAAAUCCAAGAUUAUUUUUCUUCAUUUUCAGACGUCUGCGUUUAUUGUUUAAUCAUAAAAUUCAAUUUCAUAUUGUCCGGAAAUUAAUGCCCGGAAAACGAAUCGAUGAAUUCCGUCCAUCAAUCGAACAAGUCAAACGAAAUGUUAUUGGUUUUGAAAUCUAUAAAGAAAUAUUGGAAAAUGGUCGUCAUACAAUACUAUUAUGUUUAAUUGAAUUACGUUUACUUUAUCUAAGACGUAGAUUUGAAAAAGAAAAUAUUGGAUUUUCUACUUUAAAUCGUUAUGGUCGUGAAAAACGUGUUAAAGAUCUAGUAAAAGAUAUUAUUAAUCGUUUUGGUCAUUCAGUUGGUCGUGGACAACCAAAUAUAGAACAUUUAACACGUGCACAACAAUUAGAUCCAAAAUUGGAACAAAAAAUGGUUUAUAUAUUAUCACAGCCUGGUAUUGAAGCAAAAUAUUUACAAACUGGUUUUAAUUGGGGUAGAAAAUUAAUUCUUCGAAUUAAAAAACAAAUGAAUCGUCCAAAUGUUCAAUAAUUCAAUCAAAAAAAACCCCUAUAUAAACUCAACUUUUUUUUACAAACCAAAAAAUUCUUAUUUUCUUUUAUGAUUUUAUUGUUUGACGACGAAAAUAAUGGAAUCAACAAAACCGACAA